UACAGUUCUACCUGAGGAAACAAACUGAUCUACAUGUGCUUCACAAUCCAGUGGAAGAAUGACAGAUGACAAAGAUGUACUUCGAGAUGUGUGGUUUGGACGAAUACCAACCUGUUUCACUCUGUAUCAGGAUGAGAUAACUGAAAGGGAAGCUGAACCUUACUAUUUGCUUUUGCCAAGGAUAAGCUAUUUGACACUGGUAACAGACAAAGUGAAGAAGCACUUUCAGAAAGUUAUGAGACAAGAGGAAGUUAGUGAAAUAUGGUUUGAAUACGAAGGUACACCACUGAAAUGGCAUUAUCCAAUUGGUUUGCUGUUUGAUCUCCAUGCAUCAAAUACAGCCCUUCCUUGGAGCAUCACAGUGCAUUUCAAGAAUUUUCCAGAAAAGGAUCUUCUACACUGCCAUUCUAAGGAUGUGAUUGAAGCUCAUUUUAUGGCUUGUAUAAAAGAAGCAGAUGCUUUAAAGCACAAAAGUCAAGUCAUCAAUGAGAUGCAGAAAAAGGAUCAUAAGCAACUGUGGAUGGGAUUACAGAAUGAUAAAUUUGAGCAAUUUUGGGCAAUAAAUCGAAAACUCAUGGAGUAUCCUCCAGAAGAUAGUGGAUUUCGAUACAUCCCAUUUAGAAUUUAUCAGGCAACAACAGAGAGACCUUUUAUACAGAAGCUAUUUCGACCAAUUGCUUCAGGAGGACAAUUGCAUACUUUGGGAGAUCUGCUAAAAGAUGUGUGUCCUAGUGCUAUUGCCCCUGAAGGUACU